UUUAAAUUCUUGGAAAUACACGUAGACGCCAGUAAUUGUUAGUUAUAUUUUACGUAAUUGACAAGAUGAGUAUCUACCUGGGAGGUUAUGAACGAGGAGAGAGUUUGGAGAAGUUUAUAGAUAGAGAGAUCAGGCCACCAAAUGAUUUUAAAGAUCGUGUUAAUCAAACGGUCGAUCAAUUAGUUCGAUAUUUACACAGGAUGCCUGGUUACAGUAUUCAGGAAGUCGUCAAGAGUGGUUCGUUGGGAAAGGGGACAUCUAUUUUGAGUGAUGCUGAUGCUGAUAUGGUAGUUUUCUUCAAUGGUUAUAAGAAUAUUGAGAGUUUGAUUAAAGAUAAACCACAAAUUAUACGGGAUGUUAGGCAAUAUAUGUGUAACCCCAAACAAGGAUGGUUAAGCUGGAUAUUUCAGUCAAAACCCGAAUGGAUGGACUCAAUACACGUACUAAAAUAUAACGAAUAUUUCAUCAAGUUUAUGGUAUAUGUUCAGUACAAGGGUAGAAGUGAGUCAGUUGAAGUGGACGUUUUACCUGCAUUAGAUGUAGUCGCCAAACAUGGUGGGAAUAUGCAGUCAGUUUAUCGAGAAAUGCAAAAUAAAUCAAGUCAUGUCAGGGAACACUACUCUGUUUGUUUCUGUAAAAAACAACUGGCAAUGAUUCGACCUAAACCAGCUAAAGUUAAAGACUUGAUUCGUUUACUUAAAUACUGGAAAAGGACCAAUGGGCUAGAUAUGACAUCGUAUUGUUGUGAGGUAAUGGGGCUAUAUAUUUUCGACACAUAUCUGAACAGUAAGACUAACUUCGAUAUGAAAACUGGUUUCUAUACAGCUAUGGAAUUAUUUAGUUCCUAUAGACAACUACAGAUCACAAUACCCGGAAUCUAUAACACGGAUAAUACUUGGUUUAGUUUCUUCUUUAAAACAACAUAUAUUCUUGAUCCGGUUAAUCCCUUCUCUGACACAUCUUCACAUGACGUCUACUGUAUAGAAAGGUGUGCUAAAGCCACUUUGAAUUGGUUAGAUGAUGUACCAUCCCAGAGUUACUGUGUGUUAUCUUAAAUUUGGAGUUACUUUGAUACAUAGAUCCAAAACUGAUUUUUAAAAAUAUGACGGCGUAUUCUAUAAGAAACACAAGAAUAAUGAAGUAAAUGCACUGUAAUUCUAUAUUAAAUAUUUACGAAAUAGAAAUUACGAAUACCGAUAAGAUAUGUGGUGCAUUUUUGUUUGAUAACGAUGAAAGUACUAGCCAAAAAUUUAAUUUUUAGUGUUUUUUCUCUAAUACUUGAAUUAUAUUAUAUAUGUAUUAAUUUGUAUAUUAUUAAAAUUCUGGAAAUGGUAAAAUAUAAGAAUCCAUAUUAUAUGUAUUUUUUUUACAUGUAAUCUUUUUCACUAAUAUUAUUUAAAUCAUUUUGUUGAAGUGUCACAAACUUGUUAGUUGUUACAAACUAUACUUUAAACCCCCUUUGUUGAUUAAUUAGUCAUGGCCUGGUGAACCCAGACUCUAAACAAUAGAUGUGGGGAAAGUCCUAAAUACAGAAGAGUCAAGUAAUUGCAUUGUUCUUAAAUUCUGUAUUAAAUAUCUAUGAAAUAGAAAUUACCAAUACCGAUAUCUAGUCGUGUUCUAUU